UUGCACAAUGGCGUCAGACGAAAGAUUGCCAUUGUUAAAUGAAGACGAAACACGAGAUUAUCCUCUUUAUACGCCUAAGAGCCUUGUGCCACAAUCGCUGGGACCAUUCCGAGAUGUUCAGGGGGACAAAAUUAAUAUUUCUGCGAGUAGCAGUGCUACAACACUUGCUGAACACGACUCAAUUAUUGCCUUGUUUGUUGUUGCAUUUGAUACGCGAUCAGGAAAUAUUGUUGAAUGGUGCAUUCCUGAAGACACAGAACUGGAUGGAGUAGAGUUCAAGGCCAUGCCCAGUGGUUCUCACACACUCUUCAGUGAUUUUGUCUACUUCAGAAAAGAUAAUUUAUUCGGGCUGGCCUGUUUUGAGAAGAUGAAAGUGGAAAGUGAAAUAGAGAGAGGUGCCAGGAUGAAGUCUGUGGGUAUAUUAUCACUGUCUUACACCACACUCUACCAUCAUAUGCAGUUUCUGGAGAAACAAGUCAGACAUCAGCUGGAAACACCAGGCAAUUAUAGUCAACUACUAGCCUUUUAUAAUGAUAGAAAAGGCAUUCUUCCAUCAGACGAGACCUCAGAAACAUUGAAAGCUCAUUCCCUUCGAUCAACGCCAUCAACACCCAGCAGAGAUUUAGUCCCAGAGAUGAAGAUUACUCAUCCAGCCGGCUGUUUUAAUCAGUUCAUCAAGUUUUUUCAAGAACAAAUUUUUGUUUUGUGGAAGUUUGCCUUAUUACAGAGAAGAAUCAUCUUCUUUUCUCCGCCUCCAAUAGGUGUAGUCUGUUACAGAGUCUACUGUGCUUGCUGUCUAGCCAAUCACUCGAUACCAAACCUUAACAGUAUUGAACUCCGACCCCACUUCUAUGUGAAUGUUGCAGACAUUGAGGCUCUGGAGAAUGAAGUUGCUUAUGUGGCUUGCACCACGGAAAAGAUAUUUGAAUCCAAGUCACAUUUGUAUGAUAUCUAUGUAGAUAAUCAGAAUGUUAAAGCCUCAACUUUAGCUAUGAAAGAUUUGCUCAAAGUUAGUGAAGGAGACAGAGAAAAACUAGUCAAGCUCAACAAUCUAAGAUCAGCUCAUAAAUUUUCUACCCAAGAUUUAAGUGAAGAAUUUUUGACUAAUGAAGAGGAAAUCAUCAAUAGUUUUUUCACAGAACUGAAUGAACGCUUGUUCCAAACCUUGCUGGAUAUAUCCCAGUCUCAAGAUAGACAGUUGACCUCUGACCACAUGAAGAGUAUUGGCCUUGAUCCAACAGGGGACAGAGCCUUUCUCAUGGAGCUUGUAGAGCAUUAUGGGAUAGAUGUUGUACUCAUGGUGGAUAACCCAUGCUGUCCCAAAUAGAAUGGACAUAAUAGAUAGUACAAACCUUUUUUUUAAAAAAUAAAACAUUGUCGAAUGAAAAGCUAAAUUAUCUACUCUUGCAUUUAUUAGUAGGCCCUAUUUGCUUAAUUUAAAAACUUGUCAGCUAAUAUGCAGUGAAUUUAUUUAUUAACUCUUUCAGUAGUUACAUUGGGUAAAAUGUAAUUUGAUGGACCAAGUUAUGUUUUCUUUAAAUUUAAUAUCGUAUUAAUUUUUUUUUUCUCAUUUGUAUUUAUUGUUGAAUAUAUUGUUAAUCAAACACAACUCAUAUUUAUUGUAUCAAAGUUGUGGCUACCUUCUGUAAGAUCUAGCUUUUCCUGGCAAAAUUCUACAAGUUGAGAGAUGCUCAUUCAAACAUUUCUAACACUGUAAUGUAAACCCUAAAUGUCAAUGUAUAUCAACCUUAAGAACUAGGGGGGUCUAUGUAGUUUUGGACUAUGGUAUAAUUGGCUUAAACAGAUGGGAUCUAAUUGCUAAUGUUGUUAAUUCAUGUAAGCAUUUACAGGUUUUAUAAAUGGCUGGUUGGGGGGUGUGAUGGCUGAGUGGUAAAAUGCUUGGGUUCCAAAUUGAGGGGCUCCAAGUUCAAAUCCUGGUGUGAAGACUGGGAUUUUAAACGCUGGAAUUUUUAAGGACAUUCCUGAGAUAUCCCAACUCUAAUGGGUACUUGACAUUUGUUGGGAAAGUAAGGGCAGUUGGUUGUUGUGCUGGCCACAUGACAUCCUUGUUAACCAUGGUCCAUAGAAACAGAUGAGCUUUACAUCAUCUGCUCCAUAGAUUGCAAGGGGUAUCUUAUUACCUCUAUAUGGCUGGUUGGAAAUGCUAGGCCAAGAGUGUUUUCAGACCAUUACUUCCUUUCUCACUGAUGUCUGUUUUUAUUUGUUAUGCUUAAUGUUGAAUUGAAAGCAAAAAAAAAUAAAUCUGUACUUAAUAUUUCAAUACAUUCAGAAUGGAGCAUUCCAUUAUAUAAGUUUUUCAGGCAAAAAUCAAAUUAUUUCCAAGUUGUUCUUUUUAUUUGAAAUAUUUAUUUCAGUUAUUAUGUUGAAUACUGCUUUGUAAUAAUUAUUGAUGUUUCAAUGAUAUUUAAGAGAAUGUCAUUGAUCUCCUGUUGUUUGCAGUGUUUAGGGCUAACUGCUUUAUGCAGUACAUUGUGAUUGGAAAUACCAGCAGUUUUUUUUUUAAACUUUUGGACAAUUUGUAGCUGUUGUAAAGAUUCAGAAGAUAGGCUUAAAUAAUCUUUUUUUUUUUUCUUUUUUGGUGAACAUUUUUUAUUUUCUAAACAUUUUCAAAUGAAAGUGAUGCUCUAUUUGGGGUGCAACAAUAAACACUGAGUGAUAAGCUUUUUUCUGUUCUAAAGAUACUAAAAGUUUUUUUUAAACUAUAAAACUAGGUGUUUUUUUUAUAAUUAUGAACUUUUUUUAAUACAUUAUUUUUUAGAUGUUUUUUUUUUAAGAGCUAUUUCUCUUUGAUAAGGAGUUCAGCAUUAUUGUUUGGUUGUUGAACUGGAGUGAAUUGGUAAAAAGAAAAAUCUUGUAAAAAAAAUUGACUCAAAUUAAAUUCAGGAAUGUAGAUUAUAAAGUGUUUCUCCAAAAACCAAAUGUAAUGACCAAAAAAAAAUAAAAUUAUUGCUUAUACUAUCAACUUUUUGACACAUACAUUCAGGACUAUUGUUUAGAUGUUAAUGUAUAGACAUUUAAAAAUAUAUGAGAUAGCACAUAUGAAAUAUCUAUCACAUAACUCUGUACAAUUUUCUGUUGUCUGUGAUAUCUGUAAACAAACACUCUGGUCCAAAUGCUAUUUAUAGUUUUAUUUAUGAAUUGAUGAAAGAAGAAUCUUCCAUGUGUCCACUGUUAUAAAAAGCUCAGAAUUGUUUGGAAGUUUUGAUUUCUUUAUGAAAUAACUAGUAGGCUACUGAUACAUAUCACAUAAAAUUAAGUCAACCCUGUCAUUGCAAAACAUUUAAUUUUUGUAUCUUGCUGUUACUCACAAGAGCCUCAUAGAUUCUGAAAAUUCUGUACUACAAAAAUAUCUUAAAACCUAAUAUGGUGUAAUCUUGAAAAAUUAAGCCACUAGACUCCAACGUUCUUAUAAUGGAUUUAUUAUAUAUAAUAUGGUGGAAUCUUGAAAAGAUUAGUCGCUGGACUCCAAAGUUUUCAUAAUGGAUUUAGUUCGCAGUUCAGUUUUGGAAUGGUUUCCAUACAUGAUAUCAUGAAAUAUGAUAGACCACUUGUUGUUGUCGUACUGUAGAUACAUUAUAAAUCUACAUUUGUGAUCCCAGUUAUAACCUGGUCUCGUGCAAUAGUGACCAUGUUCACAUCUGUUGUUGUUUUAUCUGGUCCUAGUGGAAUUGAUGAUAUUACCGUGGGUGUUGUUACAUUGACUGUACUUCAAUUCUUUCUCAUUUGUCAUAUUACUUUAAACUGCUUAUUAGGUUGAUUGUACAUGCGUUAAGUACAAAUCUUUAAUUUCAAGAACAUUUAUAUAUUUCUUGUAUGUUGUAAUAUACAUUUUAUGUAAACAUUUUUUAUUUUUGAUUCGUGAUUGUCAAGAUUUGUAGUUAGAUUUUGUUUUCUUUACAUUUUUGUGUGUGAAAUUGUGACAUCCUUUUACAGGCUUAGUUGGCGUUGUGGUAAUCACGUGGUUACUGAACUUACUGGCUUAAGUUCAAAUACUGGUGGAGCCUGGAAAUUUUUUUUUAAAUAUGUAAAGAUGAUAUUUGUAUUGAAGUAAAGCCAGCUGAUCAUUGUGCUGUCACUCCCCACCCUAAAUAGCUUUCAAUGUUCAUUUUUUAAAAACUUAAGUCUAUGAAAUGUGCAUUCAACCUACCAAUGUGGGAUUGGUUGGACUAAGUAGCCAUCUUCAAGUACAUUAGAAAUGAGAUUGUGCUUCAACUACAGAUAAAGAGCUAUUAUUAUGAUUUAAUGGGCAUUAUGUGAAAUCGUUCUAUUUAAAAUAAAUUUAGUGUUGGAUAUUAGAGAUGAAUGAUUGUUCGAUUUAUCUUCCCAAGGCUUGAUUAGUUGGUUAAAGAAAUGUAAUUACUUGGGGUGUAUUAAUUGCAUAACGCUAAGUAACGCCAACAUCUGUUCCAGCAGCAUUUAAGGAAUGACUAACCAUUUACUAAUUAUUAUUAUGUCAUUUUGGUUCAAGAUAAAAAACAACUAACCUGGCUGAUAAAUACAUAUUCAGAUUAUUUUUGUUCGGUAGGACUAGUUCUUAAAGUUAAGCAAAGGGUUUGCCUCUCCCUAUAGAGUGUUGAAUCAUUUCAUUAGCAUAAUCAUUGAAUUAGAAACAAUGAAUUACUGGUUGAUCUAAUAAAAAAAACUAUUUAUUAGAAUAAAAUGCUUACUCAUCCGAGAGUGUAAAGAUUGGGAUCUAACUUUUAAUUAGUCUUGCAUUGUUAUUAAAAUCUAUCUUCAUUAUAUCUGUUCUAUGAUGGACAAGACUAACGGUGUCCGAGAUUUGAACAUAUUUCCUAUGCUGCCUAGAUUCAAUUAUAUGCUUGACAUGUGUGAAGAAACAAGUCCUUUUAAGUAUAAACUGCCUUUUAUUGUGAUGCAUUCAAAAAUAACAUAUUUACAAGGCGAACAUUAUCUACAGAUAACCGACUCCACUAGAUGACUUCCUUUCUUCUUGUUUACAACACACUCGUGACUUCCCGCAAGUCCCCUAACACUUGACUGUGUGUCACGGUUGACUGCACUUAGUAACCGUGUCACAACAGUCCUCCCAGGGCAGAGAAAAAUUUUGUAUCAAAAUUUCAUGGACCCAAUAGUUAGGGUGUACAUUAAUAAUGUUUUCCAUCGACAAGAAAAAAAAACAAUGACAUGUAAUACAAUGGCAUCUCCUAUUAUGAGAAAACUGAUAAUGCCUAUGACGACUAAUAACUCUUCAAUAAUGUUAUUGAAAGGAACAUUUCCAAUUGAACUAUCACAGAAAGAUGUCCUGUUAUAUUAUAAAACUUAUAUAAAGAAAAAUCCACGCAUUUAAUUUUUUCCUAUGUAACGAUAAUCUUUUGAAUGACAACAUUGGAAGGUGAAAAAUACCCAAUUAGUUAAUACUUUAUGUUACAUCAAAUACAUCUUCCAAAUUAAGGGAAUUGUUUACUUUGUGAUAGGUAUUGUUAAGUUGAGUAUCUUGCCUUUGUUGUCUUGUAGUGGCCUGAUAGUAUUUUGCUGUAUUCUGUGCCCUAGAAAUUCAAUGUCUGUUCUGGCGAUUUUAACCUUACUAGGUUUUAUUUGAAGCCCGUUGUCUUGUAGUAUCUGGAAUACUUGUUGCAGACCAGCGUGUUCUUCUAAUGUGUUGUGGAAGACACAUAUGUCAUCAAGAUAGAAAAUGACAUCUGGUCUUUUCCCUAAUAGUUUUGCCAUCAUUCUGUUGAAGGUCGCAGGUGCGUUACUAAGCCCGAAGCUCAAGUAAUUCCAUUGGUAACAACCAAAUGGGGUAGUGAAAUAUUUUGCACCUCUAAGUUUAGGUAUAAUGUUCUCUGUGUUAGGCAUUGGGUAUGUAUCUUUCACUGUAAUGGCUUUUAGUUUCCAGUAGUCUACACAUAGACGCAUCAUUCCGGUUGUUUCCUUUUGUUUCACUAGGACUGCUGGAGCUGAGUAUGGAGAUGGAGAUGUAUCAGUUAUUCCCAUUUUUAGCAGCGUUUCAGUUUCCCUGUUCAGUAUCUCUUCAUGGUUGACCGCACAUAGUAACCGUGUCACGACAUGUUUAAGGGAAAUUAAAGGGUGGUUGUUCAUUGUUCUGGCUAUUUGACAUCCGUGUCAAUUGUAAGUCAUGGAGACUUUGACCAACAGACUAUUGUGCUAACUAAAUGACAUACGUGUCAACUGUUAGCCACAGAAGCACUUGACCCAUGGGCUAUCUAAUUUCAAAGGUUGAUUUGUUUAUUGUUAUGCACGUGACCUGCACAAUUAUCAACUGGCUUUACUUUGUACUACUUUUGUGAACUACCUUUUGCUCAGACUGAUUCUUAGGAAAUGCUUGGCUGUACCAAUAAACCAGAACUGAACUAAACAUUUUUUGUACUUUAGUUUUUAUUACUUUUUUUUUUUUAUUGAUGUAAAUGUUUGAGUUUCGUUUAGUGCGCAAGACUUUCUAUCAAACUACCUUGCUAAUUUAGUUAGGUGAUGGUAGAAAAAUAAUUUACAUUAUAUGUUAAAACUAAUACGUUUGUGCAUUUAUAUGAUAUAAAUAUUUGGUUUAAUGUCAAGUCAAAAUCAUUAGAAAGUGUCAACAUUUGUUUUCAUGUCUAUGCCAUUAGGCAGUAUCAACAUUUGUAGAAAGUAUCAACAGUAGUAUCAUUGUCCAUUCUAAGUUUAUAGACAGUAUCAAAUUAGUUUCUGUGCUAAGUUUACUUCAUUCAUAAAUGUUUUCUUCUAGCACUUUGCUUACUUUGACUACAUAAAUAAUGAAGAACUCAACAUUUGAUCAUGCAUUUACAGGGAUCUAUUUAGUUUCACUCCAAAUAACAUUUAUACAAACAUUUGAAAUAAAACAAAAAAAAAACCCAGCAAACAUCUCUUUGUAAUAUAAACUUUUUGGCUGGUUAUCAUUGGUUGACUUAAAUAUCUAGUCAGUUUUGCUUUUAGCAACUUUAUCUUCACAUUGUUGUAGCUAUUAGCACAAUUUUAUUUCUGGAAACAAAACAGUGCCAGUAAGCACCACAAACCUGCCAUUUAAAAUUAUUUCAAACUUAAAUAUUAACUUUGUAAAAAUUAAAAACUGUAUCAUAUUCUUAAACAUUCUGUAUACUGUUUUCUUGGCUAAACAGUUAAUUGUUUAAUAUCAAGCAAAUUUAGUUGUUUUUUUUAUCCCAUCUGUAUUUAAAGAAAUAGAUCCUUUAAAAACAUAUUCUUUUUUGGUCUUGGCAGUUUAUUAGUCCAAUUCUGACAAAGCUAUUCUGUGUGUGAAAUUGAAUAGAUUAAUUUGCAGCAUGCCAAUUUAUAGUAAACAAAUGUAAUUUACAGACUUCUGGGAUAUAUUGAAAUGAGAGUUACAUGAAAACAUAAUUCAAUGUAGAUGCCAUAGAAUCGUUUUAAUAAGAUUUUGUUUUAAAAAUAGUGGACUUUUGUAUCACUAUCCCCCUUGGAGCUCUAGCACUAGGGAACAGUUAUUUUCUUAAAGACUCCUUUCGUAGUCUCUUUCAAAAGCACAAUUUUUUUUUCUUGAUGAGACUUCUUAAUGCUAACAAAACAAGUCAACAUAAUGAUUGACAGAAAAUAAGGUUGAGUUUCUAACAGUUUAUUUCCAACAACAAAGGGAAGACACUGCAAAACCAUAAACAACCUUUACAUUUCGUCUUGACAAUCUCAAACAUUUUCUGUAGUAAGUAAAGUGCUAGUAGAUUAAACCAAUUGCCAGUAGAUUAAAUAAUACAAAGUUCAAAUAUAUAAUUUGUGUAGCAAUGGUAGAAUGUCUUUUAGAAAAACACUGUCAAUGAGACUUAAAAAUGCUGUGUCAAUAUUUAUUUUCUAAACAUUGUUUCACUUUUCAGUUGGUUUUUGUGUUCACAUGAACAUACAAUAAAAAAAAAAAUGACCUAAGAAAAAAAGUCUUAAAACAUCAAGCAAACUGACUACAGUACAAAAACAGAAAUAAAUUUCUAAGAAAACAAUUCACCUCACAGGGUCAAAGAUCUCAAUGUGUGGAUAUGACGUAUGAGCAAGGUAUUAAAAUCUUGACACAAAAAAAAAUCAUUAAGUUCUUGUUUAUAAAUCCAUGUAAUGAAAACAAAGAGAAACAUUCCACUAAGAAACAUACACCAAGUUUAGCUUUAUGAACAUUUUCCUACACUAUGGGAAUGAAAUAUCUGCAGUUGUGAUAUUAAAUUAUUUAUACAGUAUAAGAAGGUUA